UUUAUUUUUUUAGGUCACCAAUCCAUAAGCCAGACUUCCCUCCGGUGGUUCUUCGCGGGUCUCAAUCGCAUUCGUAGCGGCGAUGUUGGGUAGCAGGCUAGGAGCCCUCUUGCGCAGGGGAAAGACCCAAAUAAACAUUGCAUCGCAGUUUAGGAGUUGUGCUAGGGCUUCGCCUGAAUCAGCGUUUUUUUCACCUUCGAGCUUAGCUUCCUCUAGGUCCUCCGGGGCUUGUCUGAUGUCAAGAUAUUUCUCUGUUUACGGGUUCAGAACCCUGAAGCAGAGCUGGUUGCAUUCAUCUUCAAAGAGAAUGUGUACUUCUACUGUAGCCAUGAGUUCUAUUAAGACAGAAGCAACAUGUUUGGGAUUGAAACUGCUUGUUACUGAUGCACCUCAUGCUCAGAAAAGAGUUGGAGUGUGGCUGUUUGGUUGUUCUGCUUGGGUCUUUAGUCUAGUGAUACUUGGUGGCAUUACCCGUCUUACUCGGUCUGGUCUAUCUAUGACUGAUUGGAAAUUUACUGGCACACUUCCUCCAUUUUCAGACAAUGAAUGGUUGCUUGAGUUUAUAAAGUAUCAACAAUCCCCUGAAUACAAAAGGGUGAAUAAAGGAAUGAGUCUUCAAGAGUUCAAAUAUAUUUAUUGGAUGGAAUAUGCUCAUCGAAUGUGGGGAAGGGCAUUGGGCGUUAUAUUUGUAGCCCCUUUUUCCUUUUUCCUCGUGAAAGGUUACAUCACUCGCCAACUUGGAAUUAGACUCUCAGCCCUAUUUGCACUUGGUGCUGGGCAAGGAUUGAUUGGCUGGUGGAUGGUGAAGAGUGGUCUAGAGGAACCAGCUUCUGAAUAUGUUCAACCAAGAGUUAGCCCUUAUCGCCUAGCAAUUCAUCUUACAUCUGCAUUUGUUAUAUACAGUGGUCUUUUGUGGACUGCUCUUUCAGUUGUUAUGCCUGAACCUCCAGCUGAAUCAUUAAGUUGGGUGAAUGGUGCUGCCAAGAUUCGAAAAUUGGCACUUCCAAUCAGUGUCCUUGUGGGGAUUACAGCAGUGUCAGGAGCUUUUGUUGCUGGAAAUGACGCGGGCCAUGCUUACAAUACUUUCCCUAAAAUGGGUGACUCGUGGAUUCCUGAUGAUAUUUUUAGCAUGAAGCCAUUCUUCCGUAACUUUUUUGAGAAUACAUCCACUGUUCAGUUUGACCAUCGCAUCCUGGCAACUGCAACUUUGGCUUCAAUAGUAAGUUUUUGGUGGACUGCCAGAAAAAUAGACUUACAUCCAGCAAUACAAUCUUUAAUUGGUAGCACAGUGGGGAUGGUGGCUUUACAGGUAACGUUGGGCAUAUCAACUCUUCUUUCCUACGUUCCAGUUUCUCUGGCCUCAGGUCACCAAGCUGGAGCAUUGAGUUUAAUGACUCUCAUGAUCCUUUUGAUGCAUACUUUGAGGAAGCCAUCACCGGCUGCUCUCAGGUCUCUGGCUUCCCUGUCGCCAAAAAUCGUCGGCUAGCUUGAUGGAAAAACCAGAGUUUUAUUGAUCAACCAAGUAUAUAAAUUUAUUUAACAUUUUC